CACCAUCUUAUUCGGUUUCAUCCAUCUGAAGCAUUGAAGCUCAUUGCAUUAGACAACGACGUGACGACCAUACCUUAAAGUAUUUGAAUAUUCAGUGAAACGAAUCAGAUAAUUCUGUUGAGUGAUUUCUCAAUCCGAUACGUAAUAUUGGAUUAAAAUGGUUUACAAGAAGUAUUUCAUUUUAGUGUUGACACUAAUUGCGUUUGCGUACGCUGAAAACUCGGAACCAAUAACAUCGAAUUCCACAACGGCUGAGAGCAGCUUAACGCCAGCAAUUGACAACAGCUCAACAUCAGCCACUGACAACAGCUCAACUUCAGCAACUGAGUACAUCACAGUUCCAAGAACCGAGAACAUUCCAGCCACUGCGAACCACUCAACUCCAACAAAUGAGAACAUUUCGAUUCCAACGACUGCGAACAACUCAACUUCAACAAUUGAGAUCCUGUCAAUUCCAACAAAUGUGAAAAUUACUGAAAACAAUACUGCGAUAAAUGCGUCUUUAACAACAACAUCAACUAACGCUGAAAACACUACUGCAGCUGCCAAUGCAUUCAAGAAUGUUUGCGUUCUGAUCAAGCUCGAUCUGCAGUUGAACAACAAUACGUACAAAAUUUCCAGCGGGGAUGUCAACAACACAGUUCUCUCAUGCAGUAAUCAAUCAGCAACCAUCCGUUGGGGAAAAAUGUUGAAUUCUAGAAUUUCCUUUCACUUCGAAUCCGACGCUGAUACGAAGAACUUUAUGAUCUCUCAUAUCGAUCUGACCGUUGAUGCCACCGACAAUAUGAAUGCUACAGAUGAUAAGCCCAUUGAAUUCGUAUACAAACCAACUGGAAAUUUCAAAGUACCGAUUGGCAAGUCAUAUAACUGCAGCGCUGUUAAGAAUCCUUUCGCCCCCCUUCAAAAUGGAACAUCCGUUAAGAUCACCACUACAAAUGUGCAAUUAGAGGCGUUCCGGAAUAGCAGGACGCAUGUAUUCAGUAGUCCUGUGUUUUGUGCAGAGGACGAAGCCCCAAUGUCAGGCUUAGACACAGGUAGUAUUGUCGUAAUUUCCGUUGUUGUUAUUUUGCUAGCAGCGAUUGCAUUGAUUGUAUAUUUACGUAAACGUAACAAUUCAAACAUUUUCGGUGCUUCCGCCCGAAAUGUUUCCGUUGCUGAGUAAUUUAGCAGACCGAUGUUGGUCACACUGAAAAAUUGUCCUACAAAAUCGAUUCAGAUUGAAUCAUCGAAAGGAUAAUACAAAUUGUGGGAAAAAAAUCAAAUUUCACUCAAUUCUUCUCAGAAUUGAGUUUGUUAUUUUCUUGAUAUGAAUUUAUAAAA